GUGAUGACAGAAUUUAUGAACUGCAAUAAUGCUUAUGAUAACCUUAAGAUAUUGAGAAAUAAACUAGACUAAAGUAAUAUCUGCACUUUGAAUAGUCUUUUGUGGCAGACACAUGAAAACGGAAUGAAAAUAAUUUUGCUUCAUUGAGCUCUGACAAAAACAGCCCCGGAAAUGAAAAUGAUGAAUGCGUGUACAGGAGUAUUGCUCUACCUCUUCCUUACUUUUGAAGGAUGUAAAUCAGAUAUGGCAGGUGACCGAUCAAGAUAUUUAAUUUCACAAGAAGAUAGGGAGCCCACGUGCAAAUAUUUCUGUAAUACAGUUAACGAUACAGAAAGAUUUGUACCACCCAUGUUUAUAGACAACUGCCCACCACGUGAUCUUUCACAAAGCUAUAUUGUGCCACCAGGAAAGAAUCAUAUUGUUGUGAAAUGGACAGAGCCAGUUGCAACAGAUAAAAAUGGAGAUAAACCACUAGUGAAACAGGUGAUGGGAAUUAAGAAUGGUGCAUCAUUUAAUGGAUCAGUGGACAGACAAAGGCAUUAUAUUGUGUACCUAGCGAUUGACAAAGAUGGUCUAAAAGAUAACUGCUAUUUCGUUUUCUCCGUGGAAAUUCCCAAAUGUCCAAGCCUCGGUAUUGUUGACAAUGGCCAUUACAGAUGUACUGAAGGUAGGGCACCUGGAAGCUCCUGUAUGUUCACUUGUAAUGCUGGCUUCAAACUUAUUGUCACGGGAAACAUCACAUGCGACUACAACACAACUACUAUACAGGCCCCGGUUUGGUCAGGUGUUCGGCGGUGUGAAAGAGUCCAUUGUAAUGAGCCGAAUGAACCAGCUAAUGCAGUUGUGUCUUGUACGAACAGUACCUACGGUUAUCAAAGUGUGUGCUCAGUUCAGUGUGUACAAGGGUAUACACCAAGCGGGCCAUUAUAUAUAAUGUGUCAGGAAGAUGGAUAUUGGUCGGAGAUGACACGAUGUUUAAAAAAUGAAGCCAACGAAUUUCAAUGCUCUUCUGCUCAAUGCAAUGGCCACACUUGCAUACUCAAUCUCAACCAGCAAGUCACCUGUAAUUGUUCCCAUGGCUGGUCGGGAUCGUCGUGUGAUAUACCUCCUGAUUACUGCGAAGAUAAUAUUUGUAUGAACAAUGGCACCUGCAUGAAUCAUUACUGGACCUACAAUUGUUCUUGUGACCCAGGAUAUUCCGGAAUCUUGUGCCAGAUAUGUCCAGUGGAUGGAGGCUGGUCCGACUGGUCAGUCUGGUCCAGUUGUUCCGUUACAUGUGGCUCUGGAAAUCGAAUACGUGUAAGAUCUUGUGAUAGUCCCCCACCAGAUCAACACGGUAAACCUUGUUUGGGAGAGUAUACUGAACUCAGAUCAUGCAAUAUGGACAAUUGUAAAGUUUGUCCUUUGCUUGGUCAGUUAAAUGAGCUACACUCCUCAUAUGAAUGUAACAUUUACGACAAUUAUGGCCAGGAAGCAUGCCAGAUAUCGUGUAGAAAUGGAACGAUAUUGUUACCACAGUUUACAUACUUCCGAGAACUUCUUUGUGGUUGGCCAACUAAUUAUGAGUGGUUGCCUGGAAAUGUGCAAUCUCCUUGUGUCGAUCCCGCGAAUCCAGAAGGACUGAAGCUUAAAACAGAAAUAGCAUACAUCAACAAAAUACCAACAGAACAGCAAACUGCUGUUGCUGAACAGGUUUUUGAAAAUUUGCAAGAGACCAGUUGCUUCACAUCCAGCUUGACAAACUGCACAGCAAUUACUGAGUUUUCUUCUACAUCAAAUCAGCUUAGAAAUGUUACAAAGUUAACGAUAACAUUUCAUAUAUUGUUGGAAACAGUUAUCAGGAAAAGAUCUUAUGACAGAGCUGAAGCAGUUGACAGUUCACUGACGGAUGCAAUAACGGUCCUUGAAUCGACUGCAGAUUACAUCAAAAACUUUACGGAUGAUAUAUUUAAUGUCAAGCUUGGGGGAUCUUAUUUUACUGCAGAUCGAAAAUCCUUAAAUGUGUCCGCAUCUACAGAUUGUCGACCAGGGCAUGUUCCUGUCGGUGCUGUAUGUGUUAUCUGUCCCGCAAGAACAUAUUUUUCUGGCGGUUCAUGUCAGUUGUGUGACAAAGGUACAUUUCAAGAUUUGGAAGGACAGUCUUGGUGUAAAUCUUGCCCUGCAGGAAAAACAACUGCCACAGUAGGAGCUAGUAAUGCGGAUCAGUGUUAUGUGCCCUCUGACAAAGUUAAUAUCUUAGAUGAAAUAGAAAGUAUCGUCACAACAGUAGUUGCCGUAGUAACGCCUAUUGUGACCUUAAUCGUAGCUAUACCAUCUUUUAUUAAAGUUUAUUUGAAGUGCAGAGAGAAAGGACGAUGCAGGAAGAGUAAAGAAGAGAAACUGUUACAGGAGGAGAAAGAUUUAUCUGAUAUAUCACAGAAGACGGCCGACGGAUUGACAGAUAUAAAUAAAAUUGCAUUCUAUCGUGGAAGGGAGCUAAAGUUGAUGGAAGGAAGUAUUGUUAAUGUCAAAGCAGACGCUAUAGUCAAUCCAACGGACAAAACACUUUUGAAGGGAGUUGUUGCUGAAGCAUUGAAAAGAGAAUGUGGAGAUCAUUUCAUAAAAGGCGUCAAAAAGUUACUAGGCAAGAUUGGAACAUUGAAAGCAUCUGAUGUUGAAAUUUCUGAGUGCAAAGGUAUUCCCGCUAAUAACGUCAUUCAUGUAAAUGUAAAGAAUUUGGAUAUAUCCAAUUUUCCCACUGAUGUUGCAACAGAUGAUCAGCUUAAAAAUGUAAUACGAAAUGUGAUGGAUUUUGCUGAAAAAAGGAGCAUCGAAACAAUUGCUUUGCCGCCUUUAAUUAACAAAAGCAAUAUGAGGGAGCGAGAAGCAGAGAUCAUUCUUAAAACUGUCAUUGAAUAUUUUCACUCCAAAGAAAAUGUUUGUGAAAGCUGUGAAUAUGACUACGAAAAUACAGUUUGUACGGUGUGCGAGGGUGGAGGCAAGAUCAAAACAGUAUUUGUUGUACUUUCCAGUGUUGAUGGGAAAACUGUAAAUACUUACCGACAUACAUUUGAGAAGGAACUGACCCAGUAUCAAACGUCUGGCUGCUAAAGUUGAAAUUCCUAGAGUUUGUUUAAUUUCAACGUUUUGAUAAUUGUGUACGUCAGAAUUAUAUAUAAUAAUAUGUGUUACACAUUUCAGUCAAACCCGCAAUAAAGAAAAAAAACCAGAAAAUGUAGUGAUCAUAUUUAGAGCAUUGCCGUU